CUUUUAACGUUGUGCAUGAGUGCACAAAGUAUGUGUUCAUGUGCUCCCUGCACCUACGUGUUGACGAGACAGAGAACAACAUUACGACAAGCGGUCCUGCUGAUAAAACCAACCCAGGCUGAAAUGGAGGAAUAUAACUCUGGCGAAGAGGUGCUCUUCAAUGCUGAUGACGCCAGUAACAACAUUAAAGAGUGCAUCGAGGGCGUCAUCGGCGGUACGGACUACAGCCAAAGUAAAGUAAACCAGUGGACCGCCAGCAUUGUGGAACAGUCUUUGACUCAUCUCGUCAAACAAGUCAAACCUUUCAAGUACAUAGUUAACUGCACCAUCAUGCAGAAGAGCGGGGCUGGUCUCCACACGGCUAACUCCUGUUACUGGGACAACACCACGGACGGAAGCUGUACAGUCCGAUGGGAAAACCGCACCAUGUAUUGCGUCGUCGGCGUCUUUGCUGUGGCUUUGCAGCCGUGACCCCAUCCUAAGAACAAGGACGGUCGUCAGCUUUGGUAGUAGUUUGUUUCCAAUACAGGGAAAUGGAAGUAAGAAUGUUCAGGGGGCAACAACGAAGCAGCGUGUUGCUCGUUUGUGUGAUCACUCCCAACUUUCAGGAGUUACUUUGUGGUCAGCUAAGAAUCAAACACUUGUGCAGCAAUCCCUCAGCUUUAUGUAAGCACUCCAUCAUUACAUUCCUAAAUAAAAUAAGACUGAAACCACUGCAGGAUUUAGGAAAACACACCAGAGUACUUUAAAUGUCUUUAUAUGAUACUUUAAACUUACAAAAGUAUUUAUUAUUUACUUGUCAGAAUUUGUGUAGGGGGCACCAAUACAUUUCUUUUUUUAUUUAGUAUCUACAGAAAAAUAAAGGUGAAUUUGUCCUUAUUACACAACUCUUUUUCCAUUUUGUUUAGCAAAGGUUGUGUACUACUGUUAUAUAAACAUUAUAUUGCCAAAAGUAUUUGGCCACCUGCUUUGACUCCCAUAUGAACUGGAAGUGCCAUCCCAUUCCUAACCCAUAGGGUUCAAUAUGAUGUGGGUCCACCUUUUGCAGCUAUUACAGCUUCAACUCUUCUGGGAAGGCUGUCCACAAGGUUGCGGAGUGUGUUUAUAGGAAUUUUCGACCAUUCUUCCAAAAGCACAUUGGUGAGGUCACACACUGGUGUUGGUGGAGAAGGCCUGGCUCUCCGUCUCCGUUCUAAUUCAUCCCAAAGGUGUUCUAUCGGGUUCAGGUCAGGACUCUGUGCAGGCCAGUCAAGUUCAUCCACACCAGACUCUGUCAUCCAUGUCUUUAUGGACCUGUCUUUGUGCACUGGUGCACAGUCAUGUUGGAAGACAAAGAGGUCCGCUCCAAACUGUUCCCACAAGGUUGAAAGCAUGGAAUGGUCCAAAAUGUUUUGGUAUCCUGGAGCAUUCAAAUUUCCUUUCACUGGAACUAAGGGGCCAAGCCCAACUCCUGAAAAACAACCCCACACCAUAAUUCCUCCUCCACCAAAUUUCACAUUCGGCACAAUGCAGUCUGAAAUGUAGCGUUCUCCUGGCAACCUCCAAACCCAGACUGGUCCAUCAGAUUGCCAGAUGGAAAAGCAUGAUUCAUCACUCCAGAGAAGGCGUCCAUUGGCGACAUGCUUUACACCACUGCAUACCACGCUUUGCAUUAGACUUGGUGAUACAUGGUUUAGAUGCAGCUGCUCGGCCAUGGAAACCCAUUCCAUGAAGCUCUCUGCGUACUGUACGUGGGCUAAUUGGAAGGUCACAUGAAGUCUGUAGCAACUGAUUGUGCAGAAAGUCGGCCCCCUCUUCAUCCGCUGACCCCUCACUGUC